AUGGAUGCUCAUCAAAAGGUUGAGAGUGUAGAAAAAUGGCCUAUCCAUAACAGAGACACCCCAUGGAGACUCAAGAAACCUCAAGUUGGUGAAAACUAUGUAGACCACCAUGCUCUUAAGGAGUGUAUGACCUAUUAUGGGCUGGUAAAUGGUUUCUCAAUCAGGUAUGAGAAAAGUACUAAGAAGAAACUGAUUGCUAGAUGUGGUAAGAGACCACCAAGGUUGGAAGAGCCUACAAUUGGUAAACAAAGAAAGAUGAUUAUGUACCCUGCUACUCAGAAAGGAGAGGAGGCCAAGCGUCCAUGGAGGUGCUAUGGGAAGAGAUUGAAUGAUGAAGCAUCUUUUCAAGUUGUGUCAAUGGUGGAUGAGCAUAAUUGCACCAGAAACUUCAGAUUUGGGUCACUUGUAAGUUAUAAGUGGAUAGGGAAUCAGUUUGGGAACAAGAUCAGGGCAAAUCCAAAUAUUAUGUUAGUAGAAAUUGCUGACCUUGUAAUGAAGAAGUACAAGUGCAUUGUAACUCAUAAGCAAUGCAGGUCCUCCAAGAAUUAUGCUUUGAAUGAAUUUGAAAAGUCCAUUGAAGAACAUUAUGGUAUGUUGAGAUCAUAUGGGGAUGAGUUGUUCUCAUCCAAUCCUGGUUCUACUAUCACACUUAACUGUACUAGAAAUCCAGAUGAUAAACUUUACUUUCAAAGGAUGUACAUUUGUUUGAAGGGUUUAAAAGAUGGAUGGAAGAAGGGUUGUAGGAAGGUUAUAGCACUUGAUGGUUGUUUUCUUAAGAGCCCUAAUACAGGUGAAUACCUAACUGCCAUUGGGAGGGAUGGCAACAACCACAUCUACCCCAUUGCAUGGGCUGUGGUCAAUGGGUUAAUUGAAGCAGUCAAAGACAUGUUGCCAUAUGAAGAGCAUAGGCAUUGUGCAAGACACAUCUAUGAGAACUUUAGGAAGAGAUUUAGUGGGUUGCAUUUUAGGUCAAUGUUUUGGGCAGCAUCAAAAGCUUGCUACCCAGUUCUAUUUGAGAAGGCUAUGAGGGAUAUUAGUCUAACAGACCCACUAGCAUACCAAUACCUUAUGGAUAGGAAUCCUAAAAGUUGGUCUAGGGCAUUCUUUAAGUUGCAUAGAGGGUGUGAUAGUGUGGAGAAUGGUUUCAGUGAAUGUUUCAAUUAUGUUAUUUUAACUGUUACGAAUAAGCCCAUCAUUACCAUGUUUGAAGCUAUUAGAGCCAUCAUUAUGGAAAGACAAUCUGUCAUAAGGAAAGAUGUAUAA